AUGUACAGCUUCAUGGGUGGCGGCCUCUUCUGUGCCUGGGUGGGGACCAUCCUCCUGGUGGUGGCCACAGCCACAGACCACUGGAUGCAGUACCGGCUGUCGGGGUCCUUCGCCCACCAGGGCCUGUGGCGAUAUUGCCUGGGGAACAAGUGCUACCUGCAGACAGAGAGCAUCGCUUAUUGGAAUGCCACCCGGGCCUUCAUGAUCCUGUCCUCCCUGUGCGCCACCUCGGGCAUCAUCAUGGGCAUCCUGGCCUUCGCUCAGCAGCCCACCUUCACCCGCCUCUCCCGGCCCUUCUCUGCCAGCAUCAUGUUUUUCGCCUCCACCUUCUUUGUUCUGUUGGCCUUGGCCAUUUACACUGGAGUCACUGUCAGCUUCCUUGGUCGCCGAUUUGGGGACUGGCGCUUUUCCUGGUCUUACAUCCUGGGCUGGGUGGCCUUGCUCAUGGCCUUCUUCGCAGGGAUUUUCUACAUGUGUGCCUACCGGAUGCAUGAAUGUCGGCGCCUGUCUGCUCCCCGCUGAGCCCAAUGUACCCCCAACUUCAUCUGGAGGUUAAAUGGGGCCACAGAAAA